UUUUUUUUUUUUUUUUGAAUAUUUGGGAGUUGGUGAUUCUGGUUCUCUUUUUUAGGACAUUUGUUCUUCAACGAGUAACUUUAGCUAUUAUUAGUGGGAUUUGUUGGAAUUCUUGGAAUUAUUCUACUUUUGGGUAUCUUCUGCUAACUUGCUUUCGUAAUAGAAGCCGCAUUUAGAAGAGAAAAGCUGCUCUCCAAACAGGGCAAAAUAGAGUUGUGUUGUUGACACCAAAACUGAGUUUAUUAUAGUUGGGAAUUUGUAUCAUUAAGGUUUUGUGUAUUUCUCGUGAGCUGUUUCCUCUUCUAGAAGCUGCAUUUAUCUCCCUCAAGCAGCAAAGUCGUCUUCUUUGUUUGCUAACAUUGAAUACUACAAGCAGUGGAGAUAAUAAUGGCUGGUGGUAGAAGGAAGAAAUUACGUCUUAGCAAGAUCUACUCAUUUGGAUGUGGAAGGUCUUCAUUUCAAGAUGACCAUUCACAGAUAGGGGGACCAGGCUUCUCAAGAGUUGUUUUCUGCAAUGAACCUGACAGUUUUGAGUCUGCAAUUAGAAAAUAUAGCAGCAACUAUGUUAGAACUACAAAAUAUACUCUCGCUUCUUUCUUGCCCAAAUCAUUGUUUGAGCAGUUUAGAAGAGUAGCAAAUUUUUACUUCUUGGUUAGUGGCAUCUUAUCCUUCACUCCUCUUUCUCCUUAUGGAGCUGUCAGUACUAUUAUCCCUCUCAUUAUCGUUAUUGGAGCCACCAUGGUCAAAGAAGGAAUUGAAGAUUGGAAGCGAAAACAGCAGGAUAUUGAGGUCAAUAAUAGAAAAGUUAAAGUGCAUCAAGGUGAUGGUGUUUUUAAGCAAACUGAAUGGAGGAAUCUGAGAGUUGGAGAUGUAGUGAAGGUGGAGAAGGAUGAAUUUUUUCCAGCAGAUCUCCUUUUGCUUUCCUCUAGUUAUGAGGAUUCAGUCUGCUAUGUUGAGACCAUGAACCUUGACGGGGAGACAAAUUUGAAAGUAAAACAGGCAGUUGAGGCAACUUCUUUCUUACAUGAGGAUUCCGAUUACAAGGAUUUCAAGGCUACUAUAAAGUGUGAAGAUCCAAAUGCAAAUUUAUAUGCCUUUGUUGGAACUUUGGAUUUUGAAGAAAACCAGCAUCCUCUCAGUCCUCAACAGCUUCUCCUUAGAGACUCAAAACUCAGAAAUACAGAUUUCAUAUAUGGAGUAGUUGUCUUCACCGGAAACGACACAAAGGUUAUGCAAAAUGCCACUGCCCCUCCUUCAAAGAGAAGUAGAAUUGAAAGGAAAAUGGAUCUUAUCGUCUACCUCUUGUUUGGUGUUGUAUUUCUUAUGUCAUUAAUUGGGUCUAUUGUCUUUGGCAUUACAACUGAAGAUGAUUUGCAGAAUGGUAGAAUGAAGAGGUGGUAUCUUAGGCCAGAUGAUUCUGAAGUUUACUUUGAUCCUAAUAAACCAGUAGUUGCAGCUAUUCUUCACUUUCUGACUGCCAUACUGCUAUAUAGUUACUUCAUCCCCAUUUCCUUGUAUGUGUCAAUUGAAGUUGUUAAAGUUCUUCAAUGCAUUUUCAUCAAUCAAGAUAUUCAUAUGUAUUAUGAGGAGACUGACAAACCAGCACAUGCCCGUACCUCAAAUUUGAACGAGGAACUUGGGCAAGUGGAUACAAUACUUUCCGACAAGACUGGGACAUUGACUUGCAAUUCCAUGGAGUUCAUCAAGUUCACUGUGGCUGGGACUGCUUAUGGCCGUAGUGUCACAGAAGUGGAGAGGGCUAUGAGUAAAAGAAAAGGUAAUCCAGAGGCUCAUGAAAAAAUGAACGGUUGGGAUCACAACAUGGAUUCUGCCAAUACAAAACCAGGUGUUAAGGGCUUUAAUUUUAAAGAUGAAAGGAUAAUGGAUGGAAAAUGGAUUCACGAACCUCAUGCUGAUGUCAUACAGAGGUUUUUCCAUUUGUUGGCAGUCUGUCAUACUGCUAUUGCUGAAGAGGAUGAAGAUACUGGGAAGAUUUCAUACGAAGCUGAAUCACCAGACGAAGCAGCAUUUGUGAUUGCAGCAAGAGAAUUUGGUUUUGAAUUCUAUAAAAGAACUCAAACAAGCAUCUCAGUGCGUGAGUUGGAUCUGGCUUCUGGGAUGAAAGUACAAAGGUCAUAUAAACUCUUAAAUGUUUUAGAGUUUAACAGCGCAAGAAAGCGGAUGUCUGUGAUAGUAAGAACUGAGGAAGGAAAGCUGUUACUUCUCUGUAAAGGAGCUGACAGUGUCAUGUUUGAAAGGCUUGCCCUUAAUGGUAGGGUGUUUGAAGAGAAUACGAGGGUUCAUGUGAAUGAGUAUGCAGAUGCAGGCUUGAGGACUCUGUUACUAGCCUAUCGUGAACUUGAUGAAGAAGAAUACAAAGAUUUCAAUGUUAAAUUCACCCAGGCUAAGAAUUCAGUAAGUGUAGAUCGGGAAGCAUUGAUUGAAGAAUUGGCAGAGAAGAUGGAGAGGAAUCUAUUUCUUCUUGGUGCAACUGCUGUUGAGGACAAACUCCAAGAUGGGGUCCCUGAAUGCAUAGACAAACUUGCCCAAGCUGGAAUUAAGAUCUGGGUUUUAACAGGAGACAAAAUGGAGACUGCCAUCAACAUUGGUUAUGCGUGUAGUUUACUUAGACAAGGAAUGAAGCAAAUUGUAAUCAACUUGGAUACUCCAGAGAUUCAAGCUUUGGAAAAAGCAGGAGACAAGGAAGCCAUCACCAAGGCAUCAAAGGAAAUUGUUCAACGUCAAAUAAUUGAUGGAAAAGCUCAGAUCACUAGAUCAAUUGGAGACUCUGACGCAUUUGCACUAAUUAUUGAUGGAAAAUCACUCACUUAUGCUUUAGAGGAUGAUAUGAAGGCAAUGUUUCUAGAACUUGCCAUUGGUUGUGCAUCUGUGAUUUGCUGUCGUUCAUCACCAAAACAAAAGGCAUUGGUUACUAGACUAGUGAAAGAAGGAACUGGAAAGACAACAUUGGCAAUUGGUGAUGGUGCCAACGAUGUGGGCAUGCUUCAAGAAGCAGAUAUUGGAGUUGGAAUUAGUGGUGUUGAAGGAAUGCAGGCUGUUAUGUCAAGUGACGUUGCAAUUGCUCAAUUUCGAUAUUUGGAGCGUUUGCUACUUGUGCAUGGACACUGGUGUUACAGGAGGAUCUCAGCAAUGAUAUGCUACUUCUUCUACAAAAACAUCGCAUUUGGCUUCACCCUUUUCUUAUAUGAAGCUUUUGCAACAUUCUCUGCACAACCUGCUUACAAUGACUGGUUUAUGUCCCUGUAUAGUGUCUUCUUCACGUCACUUCCCGUGAUUGCUUUGGGUAUUUUUGAACAGGAUGUACCGGCAGCAUCUACCCUCAAGUUUCCUCAAUUGUACCAAGAAGGGGUACAAAAUGUACUCUUCAGCUGGCGCCGCAUAUUCAGCUGGAUGUUUAAUGCGUUCUACACUGCAAUUAUCAUUUUCUUCUUAAGCGCAAAAGCAAUGGAACACCAAGCAUUCAACGAUGAUGGGAAAACUGUUGGGCGAGAUAUCUUUGGAGCAAUGAUGUACACAUGCAUUGUAUGGGCUGUGAACUUACAAAUGGCACUCACAGUUCGUUAUUUCACCAUCAUACAGCAUGCCUUAAUCUGGGGUUCUAUUGCGUUCUGGUACAUUUUUCUCUUGAUAUAUGGAUCCAUCACUCCUACAUUCUCCGGCAAUGCUUACCAGAUUUUCGUUGAAGCUCUUGCCCCAGCCCCUUUAUACUGGCUUUUCACACUAUUUAUUGUGAUCACAGCCUUAGUCCCGUAUUUCUCAUUCUCAGCAAUUCAAAUGCGGUUCUUUCCCUUGUAUCAUCAAAUGAUACUGUGGAUGAAUUAUGAGGGUCAGUCAAAUGAUCCCGAGUACUGUGAAAUGGUGCGCCAAAGUUCAAUACGACCAACAACGGUGGGUUUUACAGCUCGUAGAGCAGCCGGAACUGGGCAUUAAAAGAGGAGUGAGAUAACUCAAGAUAUUAGCUAGUCAUUCUUGUAUGACAACAGUUUUGAGAUUUGCUGCCAUGUCUAGCAGAUUCUGAACCCUCCCUGCUGUAUAUAUGUGUACUGCAAUCUCGGAGCUAGCCCUUUUAUUCGACUGGAAAUUAUGCUCCAUGGAUUAAGGAUAGUAGAUGACACUGUUAGUAAGCAUCAUUGAGUAGCAUUUCGAGCCGUACAUAGUGAUUUUUAGAUUUUUAGUCCAUACGUAUACUCUUUGUACAAUUAAUCUUGUAUCAGAUGUAUUUAGUGCAGAUGUGAGAAAAAUUCAUUACAGAUUUGUUUAAUGCUGGUUUUUACAUAAAUAUACAACUAACAUGGUAGCUCAAGUUCUUUAUAGAAGUUAAGACUUUGCUUUCAA